AUGACAUUCUCCAUCCUCACAGACGACGAAAUCAGGUCGCUGUUGGACAACCUGACAUUCGACGAGCUCGAGUCAUUCCGUGAGAACCUUAGAGAUGCUCUCCACGAAUACUCAACCGGAGCUCAAGCGCCCGGUCAAGCUCUCAUCCACCAGCCCGAGCGAACAGUAGUCCGCAGCGGCGUUACCGGCGCGACAACUUUGUUUAUGCCAUCAUGUAGUCCGGCCGGUCACGGAGUCAAGGUCAUCACCCUCUCCUCCGCCGAGCAAAUAGUCAAGUCCACGCAAGAAGAAGAAUCCGGCCAAGACGCCUCUAACCGGCUCAUCCGGCCCACGGGCGCCAUCACCCUCUUCAGCCCCAACGGCUCCCCCCGCGGAAUCAUCCACGCCAGCACCGUAACCGCCUUCCGCACCGCCCUGGCCUCGUUGUGCUUAGUCCACAAGCGCGACCACGUCAAGACCCUCACCGUCUUCGGCUGCGGCGAGCAAGCCUACUGGCACGUGCGCCUGACCUUGCUCCUACGGGGUAGCACCAUCAAGCACGUCAACGUGAUCAACCGGCGCUUCUCGCCCUCAUGCGGCGCCAUGCUGCGGCGGUUCUAUGAGAUCUCUCCCGAAAUCAAGGCGCGCGAAGGCUGGACGGAUACGCAAUUUGGCGUUCUGACGCCCAGCUAUGGCGAGUAUGAGCGACUACUCAUGGACCAGGUGCGCAGCGCGGAUAUCAUCUUUUGCUGCACGCCAAGCACGGUGCCGCUUUUUGAUGGAAAUAUCCUCACGGAGAGAGACGCGAGGAGGAAGGGCAGGUUGAUUGUCGCGAUUGGAAGUUAUACGCCCCAGAUGAGGGAGAUUCCCGUGGAGCUGAUUCAUCAGGCGGUUAAGGUUCAUGAGCAUGCGGCGACGGGGAAGAGGAUCAUUCAUCACUAUAAGCAUGCUGUGGAGGGAGGCGCGGUAGUGGUUGAUACAUUGGAUGGGGCGCUGAAGGAGGCGGGGGAGCUGAUUGAGGCUGGAUUGGGGCCGAGGAGCUUGGUUGAACUCGGAGAACUGGUAAUGCUCCAUCGCAUCAAACUCUCCGAAAGCGACGACAACUCUGCCCGGAACUCAACAGACAUCGACACUGACACCCUCUCCGCCUCCGCCUCCACUUUAACCAUCAACUCCAUUCCCACCGAAGAGAAAGACAGCAGCAAAGACAGCAAAGACAGUGAUUCGAAGGAAAAGCGCCCCCGCCACAGCCGCCACCUCUCCAUCCAGAACCUCGUCCGCGGCACCUCCCGCUCCCGCAGCCGCGACAGUCGCACCAAUCCUGAUUCUACCGAAACCGAAGCCGACCGUGAAGAGAGGAAGAGAAAGGACAAGAAGAAGAAGAAGGAAAAGGAAGACGAGCUGGCCCGCUGGCUGCAAAAGGGCAACGUCAUCUACAAGAGCGUCGGCCUCGGCUUGAUGGAUCUGACGGUCGGCAUGCAGCUGGUGGAUUUCGCGGAGCAGAAGGGCGAGAGGAACGGGGUUGGUAGUAUUCCGCUUAUGGGAGUGAAGGGGAAGGAGAUGGUGGAGGUAGGGCUGGGGUUGGAGCCUUUGGAUGUUGCUGACGGUGGUGGUGUUGCUGGUGUUGUUGGUGGUGGCCAUGUUGUUGAUCUUGUUGGUGGAAGUGAAACUUCUGCUGAACAUCAUGGACUGAGAAGUGAGAGUCGUGGUGGCAGUCCCAGGCUGGAAUCAAGUGAAGAUACUACUACUACGCAGGAGAAGGGAAUUCAGGUCCAGGAUUUUGGUGCUAGUGCUCAGAACCGUGGCCACGGCCAGGGACAGGGCCAGGGACAGGGCCAGGGACAGGGAGGUAUUCAUGUGGCUUAG